AUGGCAUCUGAAAAUACAAAUCUUACUAAUGCAUUUGGACUCGCAAAAAGGUAUGAUUAUGCCAAUGCAGAGACUGAAUUCAAUUUAUUACUUUCGUCCAAUCAAAAUGAUGUGCUUUCUCUUUAUGAUCGUGGUUGUACAGGAAUUCAUCUCAAUAAAUAUCAGCUUGCCAUUGUGGAUUUUGAUGCAGCUAUUUUAUCCUUAAACUUAUCAACUAAACAUGAACUUCAAGCACUUUAUCAGCGUGGGUUUGCUCAUCAAAAACUUCAUCAGUACAAUUUCGCAUUAGAUAGUUGUAUCCAAUGUUUGAAUCGAGCUAUUGUUGGCUAUUCAAUUGUACACGUAAUAAUGAAAGCUUUGGAAAUAUUUUGUGAGAAAAUUCUAACAAUCUCAAUCAUGUGGCAACUAGAUUUAUCUGAGAUUCAAGAGCUCAGAAACUGUAAAUAUUUCGCUAUAUAUAAAUGA